GUGACAUCACAUCUCCUACAAAGGACAUAACCGUUGGAUCCCAGCAGGAAUCCACAAGACCAGGCAGCGGUGAUGAUGAAAGAGGAAGAAAGAGAAAGAGAAAAGAGAAGAACGUUGGAGUGAGAAGGAGAGAGACAGCCAGAGUUUGCAAAGCACAUCAACUUGUCAAAGAGGAGAUGAAUUCGCUUGAAAAAUGUUCUGUUUGCUCUGGACCGUUUUCCCCACUGAAGUGGUGGGGGCUGAAAUGUAAAGUGUGCAGUACUACAUGGCACGUGUAUUGUUUCCAUAAAAGACCAAAGUCAUGGGAGGAGACUGACAGAAUUGAAGAGUCUGAUGAAGAAUCUGACACAAGUGAAGAGUCUGAAGAAUGUGAUCCAGAAUAUGUUCCAGACUCGGAAAGUGAAACAGACGAUGAGCAUGCAAAAAGUAUGGCAAAAUCACCAAUUUUAAAUAAAGACUCGCUUUUGGGGUGGUCUACAAAAGGAGUCGACAUAAAUGAAAACUUAAAUGGAGGAGGAUCUGCUAAUGAGAUAUCUUCGGAUAAAACUUCAGAAGACCGAAUUCAAUCAACUGCUGUAGAAACUUCAAACACUGUACAAUCAACUGCGGUUUCAUUUGGAGGUCAAAAUAUCUGCUUUGUUUGUCAAAAGCCUGUUUUCAAAAUAGCACGACACUUCAAAACGCACAUAAAGGAGGAUGGUGACAUAGCAAAGGCUCUUAGUCUCCCUGCCGGGUCGAAAACCAGGAAGGAGUUGCUUGAGAAUCUUCGGAAUAGGGGAAACUUCAUGCACAACAAUGUAGUUCUAAAGAGUGGAUCUGGUUCACUCAAAGUAAAGCGAAAGGCUAAAGGUGACGGAAAAAAUUAUGAGUACUGUAUCCACUGUAAGGGGAUGUUUUUACGUAACGAGUUGUGGCGACACAUGAAGAGGUGCUCGUCCAAGCCAGCGGACAGUGAACAUCAUGGCAGAAAGUGCGUUCUUGGCAUGGCAGCACUGGUAAAAAUUCUUGCUCUAGUACUGAAAAUGGAGUGCUUAAAAUGAUAAAUCGUAUGCAUGAUGAUGAGAUUUCAACUGUUGUUCGCAACGACUUUUGCCUGCUACGUUUUGCAGAGUCCCUUUAUAGCAAACAUGGUCAUGAUCCAUCAAAACAUGACUAUAUCAGGCAAAAAAUACGCCAAGUUGGCAGAUUUUUGCAAACUUUGCGCAGAAUAUCUCCAAUCAUGACCUUGGAGGAUUCCAUCAAACCAAGAAACUUUAUGACUGUCAUUAAAGCAGUUCAAGAGACGGCAGGAUUUGAUACAAAUACGAACAGCUACAAAACUCCAAGCCUUGCACUGAAAAUAGGGCACUCACUUUUGAAAGUAAGCGACAUUGUACGUUGUCAUGCUCUUAUGGCUGGGAAUGAGGACCUGAUCAAAUCAUCAGAGGCGUUCCAGAAACUCUACCAAGCUAAAUGGUCUGAAUACAUAUCGCACUGUGCUCUUACUACAAUUAGUGAUUCGAAGUACAAUAAACCAGACAAUCUACCGCUCACUGAAGACAUAAAAAAACUUCACCAGCAUCUUGACAGUAGUGCAGAAUUGGCAACCGCAGCCCUGAAGAAGGUGGCAACAGCUCAGAAUUAUUCCAGUUUAGCACGUACAAUUUUAUCCAAGAUAGUUAUUUUCAACAGAAGGCGUAUUGGAGAAGUGUCAAAGAUGAAACUGAUGAAUUUCCUCCAAAGAGAUCACUCACACACGCAUGAAGGAACAGGACUGUCGAAUUACGAACAGAAGCUAUGCAGGUAUUUUAAUCGUGUUGAACUAAAAGGGAAAAGAGGACGGAAAGUAGCAGUGCUACUCACACCAGAUAUGACGAAUGCACUCAAUCUUUUGAUUGCAAAUAGAAAGGAAUGCGGUGUGCCUGAAGAAAAUGAUUAUUUAUUUGCCGUACCACAAUGCCUGACAUAUUACAGAGGACAUGAAAGUCUCAGACGACAAGCAGAUGAAUGUGGUGCGCAGAAACCGGAUUGUUUAAGGUCCACUAAACUACGUAAAGAAAUAGCAACAACUUCGCAAAUUUUAAACUUGAAAGACAAUGAACUGGAUCAGCUGGCUGAUUUCUUAGGACACGACAUAUCGGUUCAUAGACAGUUCUACAGACUGUCUGAGCCCAAAAUACAAAGUGGAAAAAUUUCCAAGUUGCUGCUUGCGUUGGAAAAAGGGAAACUACAUGAGUUGCAUGGAAAAUCACUUGAUCAAAUUGGAGAUUUCACAGAUGAGGAUGAGGAGGAUGAUAGUGAAGAUGAGGAAACCAUUCCUGCGGAAAAUCCACUGGAAGAUGCUUCUGAUAAAACGAAUGGGCCUUUGGAAAGCAGGCCAUGUCCAAACACAUCAGAAGGACUAAAAGCUGACAGACCAAUCUCUGAAAACGAUGUCUCUAGCAGAGGAAGGCGGAUGCCCAAAAGGAGACCAUGGACGAAACCUGAGGUGAACGCUGUGAUGAGACACUUCAAAAUGCACAUCAGCAAAGCUCACUUGGCAACAAUGAGGGAGUGUGAGGUCUGCAAAAGGUGCGAGCAUCCGGUCCUUCAAAACCGGUCCGUCCAAAAUAUACGUGAUUUUGUACGGAACCGAGGGCGAAAUUUUAAACACGUGGAAAAUUAAGUCGAAAUUUUAAUGUUCGUAGUCCAAGGGGCUAAUUAUCUGUUUGACACAUUUUAGUUCUACUCUUUUAACUUGUAAUUUUUUGAUAAAAAUGUAUGUAUUUAUUAGUUUCAAAAUAGAAAUUUUAAGAAAACAUGUUUUAUUCUCCUGCUGGUAGUGUUGAUCAUUUUAGUUUAUAUGUUUAAUCUGAGGGACUAUAGACCUCUGUUGAUGUUUUUUUAACUUUAACAUUUGUGGUGUUUCAUGAAGUUGGGUUAUGUUUUUCAUUCCUGUCCCUGAAAGGCAAUGUUUUGUACCUGUCAAUGUACAAUAUUUGACAAUAUGUUGUUGAAGAUUCAACACUUGCAACAUUAUAAUAAAUUACUACUAAUUUGA